AGUACUAAGACUACUAAGACAAUUAGCGAAAAUGCAGAAACUAAAUUUAAUGUUAAAAAUAUUAAGAAAGGCUCCAACAUCGACUUGGUCCUGGUCUACUUGGAGCUAUCAUAAAAGGCACUUAAGUAAAUCUAGACGUACAGAAAUAAAUAAGCCUAUAGAUUUACUUGAUGAUACUUCAAGUCAAGAAAUAUACUGCAAUCAUAAUACAAAAAAAGAAAGCAUAAAAACUUCUCAAACUGCUGAUUUAAUUCUUCAAAACAUCGUUUUUGAAAAUGAUGCAAUUGUUGCUGUAAAUAAACCACUUGGCAUCUCAGCUUUUGGCAAGAAAUCUGUUCUAAAUUGCUCAAAUACAGAAUCCAAUUUGGAAUCUAUUCAGCAGUGCUUACCACUUUUGUCAGAAAGGUUAAAAUGUCCAGGGCUGGGAAUUGGACUCUCAUUAAAAAGUUAUCAUCAAGGACUUUUACUACUUUGUAAAGACAAAAAAAUGAAAACUAAAUUAGAUGAUUGUUUAACUCAAAUGGCUAUUGAGAGAUGUCAGUUUUUAACUUAUUUAGCUGUCACAGUUGGGAUACCCACAUGUCCUCCUAACACUCCCACAGAAAUCUACAUUCAACGAGAGUAUUUGCAUGACAGAGAAAUAAGUGUGGUGACUAGUCAGGGAAGUGUUACUGCUAGGAAAAAAGGUUUGAUGAUAUUAUCCAAAUUUACAGUAAAACCUUUGAUGGUGAAUACAGAUCUCAAUGUGGCUUUACUGGAAAUCUCAAUUAAUAAAGAUAAGUGGGAUGCAGUUGAGUCAAUUCUAAGUUAUUACCUGAGUCCUAUUCUAGGAGAUGAUAUUUAUUCCUCCAGAGUCUACACUAUCAAUGGAAUUCCUUUUGCCUCCAGUCCAUAUGUCACAAAGCCAAAAUUACAGGAACUUCCCAGCAGUGUUGUCAAUGUUCUCACUGAAUCUGGUCUUCUAACACAAGAAAAACGACUGCCAUUGUUCCUACAUAGACACAAUGUGAUGGUCAACAGGUUUCCCAACUCCAAAUCACCUCCACUGGUCAUCACAAGCAAACCUCAUGAUUAUUUCCUUCAAGUUUUGCAGUCAUUGGGUCUUUAUAAUGCCAACAUAAUGUGAUGGACAGAUUUAACCAAGUAGACAUAUGAAGUAUAAUUUACUUCAGUACCUUUUCCAUUGAAAAUGAGAUUUGUACAUGUACUUAAUAUGCUAGAAGAUUUAAAGAUUAUACAAGUAAUUGAAUAAACUCAAUUUAAGUUUUUGA